AUGGAGUAUUUCAAGAAACUCCCAGCAGACAUCACAGUUGACAUCUUAAGUAGGGUACCCACCGAAACAGUCUUGGAAUGCAAAUCAAUCUGCAAAACUUGGAAUAAUCUGGUUUCAAAUCAUCCAUCAUUCUCCAAAAUGCAUUUAUAUCAUCUCAAUCAGGCUGCUGUUGAUUCAGGUAAGUUGGGUUUUCUUGCUUUGACUUAUGAGAUUGGGAAGAGUAUUCCAAAAUUUAGUUAUUUUGAGAUCCAUCAGUCAACAACACCAAUUGAGAAAAUUACAAGAAUGAAUUUAACCCCUCCAUUCACUGGUGCCAUUAACUUUCUAGGUUCGUACAAUGGGUUGGUCUGUUUUACUCGAUGUCGAUCUUUGGUAGAACAACUUAAGGGAGAUGGAAUUGUUUGUAUUUGUAACCCAAUUACUAAAGAGUAUGUUAUGCUUCCUGAGAUUAAUAGAGAUUGUUGUGAUACUACUGAUCAAUUUGUUUCUAGGAAAACCGUAUUUGGUUUUGUUUCUUCCACCAAUGAGUAUAAAGUUAUGAGAAUGCUGUUGAUGCCUGAGUUUGUUGAAGUUUACAUAUACACUUUAGGCAGUGGAAUUGGAUGGAGAAACAUUGGAAGGUUCAAUGUUGGACUCAGUCCACAUGCACCAGGUAUCUUUGCCAAUGGAGUUGUUUAUUUGAUUGGCACCCAAUUAGGAGUCAUCUUAACAUUCGAUUUGUCCGAGGAAAUUUUCUGUGAAAAUCUUUCACCACCUCUGCCAGUGUACAAUGAUUCUUGGGCUUAUAAUAAAAUAGGUGUUCUGGAUGGGUUUUUGUUUUAUGCUAGUUUGCUAGUUAGCCAAAGAGACUAUUGUCACGACAUAUGGCUAUUAAGAAAGAGGAAUGUCAAUCAUGACAUGAAAGAGCAAGAAGAAUGUCAGUCAUGGGCUUGGAAUAAAGAGUUUAAGGUUGAUAAUAGGGAGUUAUUAGCCCUUACGAAGAAUGACAGUGUUUUAACUUACAAGAAUUUCAAGCUCAGCGUUUACGACACAAAAGCUUCAACUUCGGAAACGCUUGUGGAGUUUAAGGAUCGAUUUCGUAAAAUACAUCCUCACAAGAACACCUUGGUUUCGUUGAAAGAAUUAGGGGAAGAAGAUACAAAGAUAAUGGAGCCAGUUGAAGGAGAUAGAAAGCCAUGA